UUCAGUCGGUUAACUGACGUAUUCAAAACAAGCUCAGACUCUCUUUCAAGUUUAUUCGAAUUUUGUGCUAUUAUUCUACGUAUCUUUCGUGAAUGUUUGUUAACUGAUCAAUUCACGCCUGCAUAUUAUUGCAAGUACUGGACAAUCUAUGUUUAUUGAGCUAAAAGUGCCUUUGUUUACAACCGUUAUUGGUGAUUCUUCUCCUGUAGUUGCCAUCAAACGGUCACAAGUCAUCGGGUAAUCAUGUGCGGUUAUACCAACCAGAUAUUUAUUACAAUGCGAAUGUUCUGAACUCGCUUGUCUUAUUUACAGAGUGUUAUUCACUACCAAUCCAACAUAUACACACAGCAAGUCACUAGUCUACAAAAAGUUACUGCCACAUAAUCAUGUGCAGAAUCUUAUUAACUACAAAUCCAACAUAUGCAAACACCAAGUCAGUAGUUGACAAACAAUUUACUGCCAGAAUCUUAUUCACUACCAAGCCAACAUAUACAAACAUCAGCACAACAUGCUGGCACAUCCUGGAAUACCAAUUGAUUACGACUGUGUUGAUUCACAGGAAGCUCUCGUCAACAUAUAUAAUUUGGAAUUGUAUUUGGAGUUCACCACCCCCGAUACAACUACAGGUCAAACGAGAUUUUGGGUUUCUGAAGAAGGCUACAAUCAAAUUUAUGACGCAGAACACGGUGGACAACUAAAUGAAGACGAAAAUCACUUUGAUUUUCAAUGGGCUACGCGCGAAUGGAACUUUAGCAGAAAUACAGUAAUGUGAUGUGUGUAAGGUUAAUGUAAUAAAGUUUGUUCGGCUUUACGUAUUUUUUGUCUUUUUCAUUACACUUGACCUUCUAUGAAC